AUGAGCCAGGACACUCAGCCCUGGCGCGCCUGGUGGCAGGAGCAGCGAAGACGCAAUGAAGAGCUCGUGCGCGCCACGCAGGCGAUGACGAUGGCAUGGACCCUUCAAGUUGGCCACGGUCCUUCGUCGCCUUUGUGGACGCUGAGACCACGAAACGAACUGGAUCAAGCCCGACGCGGCGGAGCUGGCGGACUGGGUCGCUUUCUGCUGAAGGUCCGAAAGUCGCGGAAACGGCGGCUGCGUUGUGGUUCCGCGGAUGCCGAGCCCUGGCAUUUGGAGAUUUCGCUGCCCAGCGGCCGUUCAGGAUGUUUCCAGUGCUCCCCCGAGUCCACCGUGGGAGAACUGAAAGUCCGGGCACAGCAGUUUUUUCGACGUGGCUUUCUGAGGUUGUUUUCGAAAGAUCGAUGCCUCUCUCCAUGCGAAUCUCUGGCGGGUCUCCGCGACGAGCAUCUCACCGCCGCCGUGGCCAAGGUGAAGAUCGCCGCCAGUCUUGCCGCCUUUUCCAUUUGGUCUUUCAAUGGUCCAGUGGUGGUUUGGGGGAAUCCUCACAGCGGUGGAGAGAACUAUGACGUGGAGCAUUUGCUGCAGAAUGUGCAGCAGAUCAAAGCCGCUGAUACCGCCUUCGCCGCCAUCCUGGGCAAUGGAAGCGUGGUCACGUGGGGAGAUCCAACUUGGGGUGGUUUUAGCGAUGACGUUGUGCUUCAAAACGUGCGAUCGAUCAGUGGCUCCAGCACCUCCUUCGGUGCCGUCUUGCAGAAUGGUGGCGUGGUCACAUGGGGCGAAGGUCAAGAGGACAUCCAGGAGGUUCAAGAUGAGCUGCACGAUGUGCAAGAAAUUGUGGCCACCAGCACCGCCUUCUGUGCCCUCCGCUCUGACGGCAGCGUGGUUACCUGGGGCAACCGUGAAAUGGGCGGCGAAGUGACGCCACAGGUGCGGAGAAAGUUGCGGGAAGUUUGCCAAGUGAAAGCUUCGGGCGGCGCAUUCGCAGCCAUCCUGAAGAAUGGUUCAGUGGUCACCUGGGGACAUCCCAAGUACGGCGGGGACAGCGACAUCGUGGAGCAGUUGCGCAACGUUCAGCAGCUGUGCACCUCUCGCGCCGCCUUCGCCGCUGUGUGCGGCGAGACAAGUUCGGUGGUCACGUGGGGUGAUGCGCGGUUUGGUGGCGACAGCAGUAUGGUACAGCAUCAGCUAAGAAAUGUGAUGAAGAUCAAGGCGUCUCAGAAGGCCUUCGCGGCCAUUUUAAAGGAUUCGACAGUGGUCUGCUGGGGUGACGCAAAAUCAGGCGGCGAUUGCAGAUCUGUACAGUCCAAGCUGCAGGGCGUGCGACAGAUCCGUGCCUCGGGCGCAGCCUUCGCAGCACUCUUACAGAACGGAGAUGUUGUGACAUGGGGCAGUGCCACUUCGGGCGGAGACAGCAGUUCUGUGGCAGAUCAGCUGCAUCACAUCCAGCAGAUCAAGUCCUCCAGCGAUGCCUUCGUGGCGCUGCGUGACGAUGCGCAGCUGAUCUGUUGGGGCAAUCCCCGCUUCGGUGGGGAUGGGCCUUGUUGGAAUUCAGAUGAGCAACUGGAAGAGGAUGAGCGGACCAAGAGCUGUGGUGCCUGUGGCGUAGCGGAGAGAGCUGUUGUUUCAAGAGUCGCGAAAACCGUGGAGGCAUUGAUCUCAAAGGCUCCUCGGAGUGUCGGCAACUGUCAAUCCGCCGCAGACAUCUUCAGGAGAUCUUUGGAGACGUCGCCGUCGUCCGCCGAGAUUCACCUGCAUUUGGCAGAUGCCUUGAAUUGCAUCAUGCGCAUCGAGACCAAUGGCAACAUGUUGCUGAUAUCAGGUACCCAGGACACACCGGAAAAUAUCCGAAUCUGGAAGAAAGUUGGUCCUGAAGCCUGGGAACAUGCGAAUGAGGCUUUGAAGAGCAUGCCACGCAGCGCACGUGCUGCAUCCGUCUACGCCGACGCGUUCCAGUAUAUGAGUUCCGCCCAUGGCAUUUUGCGGCAAGCACUGACCGGCGGUGGACAGGAGUUCCUGCGCAACGCACGGCGCAUGCAAAAGCUUGGGCCACAGGAGGAAGGAGGAUUGGGCUUCAUCUUUGAGGGUUGCUUCUAUCUGGCCGCACCCUGGCCUGUGCGCGAUCCCUCGGUAGCUCUGCGUCUGAUGCAGAAAGCUCUGGCAGUGAAGAAGUCCAAGCGGAACUUUUAUUACAUGGGUUACUUGGCCGCGGUCUGUAAAGGAAGUCACCUGUGA